AUGCCAGUGAGGCAAAUUCGUCGUCCUCGAACCAACCACUCUCACAGGUACCGCCCGUACGGAAGACGUCCUGCAAGACGCUUUAGGGUUGGUCUUUAAUUUCUGGUUUUUGGGAUUGGGAGGUUUUUUCACUGUUAGCUUAGACAAAAGUCACCGCUUUUUUGCAUAAAUCGUCUCGCUAAAUCGUGAGAAAGUCUCAAUCAAACAUGGUUGAAAGUCAACAGUGAAGAAAACGUUAUAUUGACCCAAUUUUGAGAUUUGAGUGAUUUUAUGACUAGAUCUUCAAAAGAAUAUGAAUAUAAAGAAUACCGAUAAAAAAAAUAUUCGAAAAGAAACGGAACUAUUGAGUCUAAAGAAUCUGUGCAGUGGAGACUCAUUCUUUACCUAAUAUGGCUUUUAAGAGAAGAAUCCCUCAACCUGAACCGGAUCCCGAACCUUUUUUACUGCUUGUCGACUUGCAUGAUGAGCUUCGAAGCAUGGCGAUCGAGCUCCGCCAACGGGAACGCGAUCAAAACGAACGCCUUUACGCGCGACUCCUCUACAACGCUAUCGUAGUACGUUUUAUUAUUUUUACCUAGGAAACAUAACUUAAUAUUGAAAAAUAAGUAAGUAUAUUAUUAUACUGUAGCCUGGAUACUUCGUGAAAGUUUACACUUAGAUUCCCUCAUUACAGAUUUCAAGUUAUUCGUACUUUUUAGCCAUGUUUGAAUUCUUCAGGUUCUUAAGAUAUUCAGUAGAAAAAAAAAUUCAUAAAAGUCCAGUUUGAAACCGCAAAUCAAAUUUUUAUAAAUGUUUUGUAGGAAUUCGUCGAGGACCCUGUGAAUAACCGAUUCGCUGCACCAGAUAGGAAUGGAGACAACGAGGAUGAGGUGGGGGUUUUUUUGCGAAAACCUUUGCCUGAACAAGAAGAUACUCUUUUUGUUACUACUGGUCAAAACCUGGUGUAAUGUUUUUUUACAGUUUUACUGUGAAUGAAAAUAAGAUUUUUUUCAGGUAUUCCGGAUUUGAGUGACUUGAAAUAGUUUUUUUCGUUUCUCCUUCAGUAGCUAGAAACAAUAAAAUAUAUUUUUUUCUCUUAGAUUAACCGUUACCCAGAACUGCUUCCUGGUUUUUUUCGGAAGAUUUGAAAAUUAAAGAAAAAAACUAUUUUUCAUUACAAUUUACAGCAAGCUCAAAAAAAUGUAAAUUGUAUUUCUCAAAAAAAUGAAAUCUUAAACCGAGCUUGCCAAUUCAUCUUUUUGAUGAAUAUUUAUUUCAGGAAGGGAUACGUGGUCCUUUACCGCUAAGAAACGAAAUGAUUGUGCGUCAUUUCGAAAGGCUGGUUCUCUUCGCUGAUGAGGAGGAUGCUGUGGGCUUGCUUGGAAGUGUAAGUUUCUUUUUUGUAUUCGAUAAAAUUCAUAGAUUAAAACUUUCAUAAUCGAGUUCAAGGGAUGAAAAAAAUCUAUUCAAAACUGAAGCUGAGAACCAAGAGAGGCUGAAAUUCCUAUAUUCACAGCUCCAUAAAAAUCAUCAACUAGUCGCAAAACAAUUAUUUUUCAAAUUACAAGAUAGAAUUGAAUACUGUAGCUGUUGCACUCUGAAUACUCAUUAAUAUACCGAUAGAAAGAUAACUAAUCAUUUCAAUAAACAUUUUUUUCCAGCAAGUUCGUGAUGCGGAAAUUUUCCCCCCGGAAGACUAAAACGGCAACUGCGAAGAUGAAGCGACAGUUUUGAGAAAACGUUUUUUUUUCUUUUUUCAUUUUUAUGAGCUCAUUCCGUGCCUUUCACCAUCAAAAGUAAAAUAAUUGCCUUACUGACUUUAUACUUUAGUACUUUCAUAACCCCGAUGUUUUUCUUUUUCAAAUGUUCUUUUUUUCCAACUACUUUGUGUUGACUUUUUUUCUAAUCUCUUGCUAAAAUUCAAAUAUUUUUUUCUUUUUUUGUCCAUUGCCGUGUGCGGUAUAUGAUCUUGAGUAAAAAAAUAAAAAAAGUUCGAAAUUUCUCAAAGAGUUACAAAAAAAGCAAAGAAAUUUUGUGUUCUUGGGCUGUGCUCCGCAAUCAUUGAUUUAUCGCCUCACUGUAGCCGGACUUUGAACUUUUUCAAAGUAGAAAGCCUUUAUUUUGACGCAUCUGCCGAGAUAUCGUGAAUUCACGCUUCAGAAUAUUCAAACGUGUGGUUUUGAGACAAUAGAGAUCAAAAAACGCGCCGGAGAACAAUGUGCGGACGGUUUGUCGUUGUUUUCACCAACUUCUAAUUUGCCGGAAUCUGGUGGCACAGCUUGACAACAACUUUUCUCAAAACCGUUCCUACGAACUUUCGGACAAUAGCUUCGCGUUUAUCAUAAACAACUAUUACAUCAUUCUCAGAACGGUCGGAAAAUCAUUUUUAAUCCAAUUGUGAUCUUUUUCAGCUGACUCAUUCAGUCCCGUGCCUCCGCAUUUCGUAUUGUUGUUCUUAGCAUUUUCUUCCUUUUUUUCUUAAUCUGCUGAUCUACCGUUUUUUUUUCUUUUUCUUUUCUUGAUUUCACAAGUUGAAACUUCAUUUAUAGUAUAAAAUAAAUUCUCUUAAUUUUCUGGAAGGUUCCAAAAGAAUAACUAACCACCUAUUGGUUUUGAGCAGUCUUCAUCUAGGCCUACAUAAAGUUUUGGGCAAAUUUAUAGACUUCAAACUAAAACUCUUCCGCUGCAAAGUUUUCCAAAGUAUCUUCUCAGACAAAUGUUAGAAAGUUUUUGCUUUCGGUUCCUCGGAAGGCGCUUGGAAGUUUUCCAUCAAGUGGUCAAAAGCCUUUUACUUAGCUUUUAGGAAAAAAAAAUUUGUAGGAACGGUUUUAAGGGAAAUCGUUGUCAAGCUUGCCGAAAAUCUUCCAGAAGAAUGAAAAAAAAAAAAAUCUCUGAGAAUAACAAUACGAAAUGCGGAGGCACGGGACUGAAUGAGUCAGCUGAAAAAGGUCACAAUUGGAUUAAAAAUGAUUUUCCGACCGUUCUGAGAAUGAUGUAAUAGCUGUUUAUGAUAAACGCGAAGCUAUUGUCCAAAAAUUCGUAGGAACGGUUUUGAGGGAAAUUGUUGUCAAGCUUGCCGAAAAUCUUCCAGAAGCAUUUCAGAAGGCUUUUGGAAGGCUUCUGACAGGCAUUUACCAUUUCCACCAAAGGCCUUCGCAAGACCUUCUAUCUUUCAUUCCCCUUCCAACCUUCUGCUGGUUACGUUCCCCACACCUUUCGAACAUUUGGAAACGCGAGGAUCAGUAAUGUAAACAGGAGCCUUCGGCGCAUUUCCCCUUCCAGAAAAGACAAGGGAAGAAAGGAGAUGGCAGACAUUGCGGCCGUACCAUGCGACUCUCCGAGCGGGAGCCGUUCCCAAGAAGAAAGUUGCCCUUUUGGCUCGUCAUCACAUUAAAUCGGAAUGAAAAAUGUCAACGAGGCGUCUUUUACGUUCCCACCGUCUCAACAAUAGCCUAA